AUGUCAACUCUAGAAGAAGCACUGGCAACCCGACACCGCCUCUCAGUCUACCAUGUCUACCACGAAGGCGAAGAGCAUCUAUGCAUCACGCCAUUCCUUGACCUCAAAAAGGAGUUCGGAUACACCGACAAACACCAGUCCGCUGCCGAAGGGUACGAGCGCAACCAUCGCGGCUCCGACGAGUCCAACAGCUACUUCGUGCAUAACCCCACGCUCGCCUUCCACAGUCCGCCGCGCACGCUGCACCGCGGCAGCAAGAAGCUCGGCGAGCCCAUCUGUCUGAUCCACAACUCGGCGUUCUGGCGGAGAUGGAAGUUGCAGUUUGGGAGGAACUUGGGGGAUGUUGUUGAUCGUCGGGGGGUCGUUAAGUGGGAGCAUCGCAGUAGCCCGAAUAACAGCACUGCUGGCGAUGAGUGUGCUCUUGAGGGGUACAAGGUUCGCUCGUGGCGGUUGUGGGGUGAGUCUGGGAAGGGGUACCACUACAUGGUGAACGCUCGACGGCAGGGAGAGGGGAUCAAAGCCGAGGAGGAGCUGAGGGCUGUGGAGGAAGGGAGCGCUGGUGAUGAUAAGGGUGAAAAGACUGACAUUGACUAUCCCACGGUUGAAGACUGUCCAUGCUCUUUUCUCACUGAACCCCCAUUUCAGCCAGCUGUCGCUGAAGAAGCAGUCAGCCUUAGCUGGGACUCCCCCUUUUCGGUGAACAACCGACGGUAUCAUUUUGAAUAUGCUGGGAUCUAUUUCUUCUGGGAGGGCACGAGAGACCUCCCAGGAGGCGCGAAAUGGUCCAAGAGACUAUUACCAUUUCACCACCUGAAACUCAUCGCCAAGGUACCGGGCCAAGGGACCAACGAUGGGACUUUCCUGGCUCAAUAUACUUCUAGCAUCGCCUCGAAGAAAUGCGGUCAGUUGUGGAUAUUCGACUCUGCAAUCACCAAGCUACUGGAGCAGACGGGCAACUCGGUUCUUGGGGUCCGACGAUUCGAUUCAGAAGAAGGCUUUGAGUUCCAUGAGACAGCCGAUAUCCGUAUGAGCAGGGUCUAUGAGGUGAUCAUGGCCACGGCGAUGUGCAUGAUUCUUGGCGAGUGGCAGAAGCGAUUAACUGUCUGGCUUAUUUUCAUGCUGUUUGGUUCGAUGGGCGAGGGGGCUAAUAUUGCCGGGGCCUCGUCUUAG